AUGGCGCGCGUCUAUGCUGAUGUCAACGAGCAUAUGCCUCGGUCGUACUGGGACUAUGACAGCGUCAACAUCUCCUGGGGCGUUCUGGAAAACUACGAGGUCGUUCGCAAGAUCGGCCGCGGAAAGUACUCCGAAGUCUUCGAGGGCAUCAAUGUGGUCAAUUACCAGAAGUGUGUCAUCAAGGUCCUCAAACCGGUCAAGAAGAAGAAGAUUAAGCGUGAGAUCAAGAUUCUUCAGAACCUAGCGGGAGGCCCCAACGUGGUGGCGCUGCUGGAUGUGGUCCGCGAUAGCCAGAGCAAGACCCCGAGCUUGGUCUUUGAAUACGUGAACAACACCGAUUUCCGGACGCUCUACCCGCGAUUCUCCGACUAUGAUGUUCGUUUCUAUGUUUAUGAACUGUUGAAGGCCCUCGACUUUUGCCACAGCAAGGGUAUUAUGCACCGUGACGUGAAGCCUCACAACGUGAUGAUUGACCACGAAAAGCGGAAGCUUCGUCUUAUCGACUGGGGUCUUGCCGAGUUCUACCACAAGGGCACAGAAUACAAUGUCCGAGUCGCCUCCCGAUACUUCAAGGGCCCCGAGUUGCUUGUCGACUUCCAGGAAUACGAUUACUCGCUCGACAUGUGGUCGUUGGGAGCAAUGUUCGCAUCCAUGAUCUUCCGCAAGGAGCCUUUCUUCCACGGAAACAGCAAUUCGGAUCAGCUGGUCAAGAUUGCCAAGGUUCUCGGAACCGAAGAGCUCUUUGAAUAUCUCGACAAAUACGAAAUCGAGCUUGAUCCCCAGUACGACGAAAUCCUCUCCCGGUUCCCUCGCAAGGCCUGGCACUCGUUUGUCAAUGCCGACAACCAGCGCUUCGUGAGUGAAGAGGCUAUCGAUUUCCUGGACAAGCUUUUGCGAUAUGACCACGCUGAACGACUUACCGCCCAGGAGGCUAUGGCUCAUCCUUAUUUCGCUCCCAUCCGGUCAGCUGAGACGCAGGCUAGAAACAACGUCGCCUGA